GUGGCAUUAAUAAACAAAGAUGGAGGUGGCAUCCCGAGCUUCAUAGAGUCUGUCUGUACAUUUCUAGCUAUAAAAUGAAUAUUAACUUCAGUUAACUGUCAGCAAGUGUCCUACAUGUCGUAUUUUGUGGUCUUAUUUAUGGUACAUUAGGUGUUAAGUGGUACAAUGAGCGCCUGGGCUGGUUUUUCUGAUGAGGAGCUGCGGAGGAUGCAGCAGAAAGACUUAGCGGGUGCCGCAGCGACUGCCCGCGGUCGGAAGCCGGCUCCAGGCAACCGUAGUCGGCAGCAGUUACAACGGGAGAGGGCCCUUCAGCUCGCCGCUCAGAAAAAUGUAGGAGCCGGGUCUCCUGUCCUUCCACCGGAGCAGCAACUCACCAAGCCGCCUCCGCCGAAGGAAGAGCCUCAGCCCGCAGCUCCAACAGGUGCUCCGGUCGUCAGAGUGGAAGUGCAGCCGAAGCACAGCGAGAUGAAGCCGUGUGAGAACCACCAGCCCGCAGCAGAGGAGCAGACCCCGGCUAUCAAAGAACUGGAGAAACAAGAGGUGGAACUGAUAUUGUCAGGCCCACAGCUUCUCUGCAGACGGGAAAAGACACGUCUAGAGCAACUGCAGCAAGAGCAAAAAGUAAUCGAAGAGAGAAAUAAGCGCAAGAAAGCUCUGCUGGCAAAAACGAUUGCUGAGAAGUCCAAACAGACUCAGGCGGAGGCUGUGAAGCUGAAGAGAAUCCAGAAGGAGCUCCAGGCCCUCGAUGACAUGGUGUCCAAUGAUAUCGGCAUCCUGAGAGGAAGGAUAGAACAAGCCAGCUGGGACUACACCGCUGCCAGAAAGCGUUAUGAGAAGGCAGAGGCCGAGUAUGUGGUGGCCAAGCUGGACCUGCACAAGAAGACGGAGGUGAAGGAGCAGCUGACGGAGCACCUCUGCGCCAUCAUCCAGCAGAACGAGCUGCGUAAGGCCCACAAACUGGAGGAGCUGAUGCAGCAGCUGCAGCUUCAGGCCACUGAGGAGGAUCUGGAGAGGCUGAAAGAGGAGGAGGAGGAGGCAAAGAGGAGAAGCUGCGCGGAGACACAGAGAGACAGGAAAGAGGGAAACGGCUCGGUGCAGAAUCAGGAGGGAGCAGUGGAAUCAACCAAAGACUGCAAACCUGCAGAGGAGGAGGGUGUGAAGGAGAGGGGAGGUGACGCACCGAUUAUUGAGCCACCAAAGACUGAACAAGACUGUGAAACACUAGAAAAUGGUGUCCAGAGAGAGACAGUGGCCUCCUGAUGCUCACAGAAGAGAGACAAUCAUUUCUCACCUGUUCUGUAAAAUAUCUGGACAUUACCACAUAUUCUCUACUAUAGGAGUCAAUAGAAAACACUAACAAUAAUACUAUCAGAUAGAUUAAAUGUCUUUUUAAUCUGCAGGUGUGCUGUAAAUCAAGGGCUGGGUAUCAAAUCUGUGAGUACAUCCAAAGCCCGUCUUCUAAAAACAGGACUUUGACACCAGAGACCAGGUUCCGGUUUCUGCACAUUAACUGCAACAAAAUCACUUCGUCUUGUGUCGUCGGUACAUUUUUCAAUGUUAAACCAAGCUGAACAGUUUUCCCUCACCUUGACCAAGAGCUUUGAGUUGAUGCUUUAGUUGCAAGAAGCACAUGUUGUAGGAAAGCAUAUUAAAUAUGUUAUCAGUAUUUUCCAGAUAAGUUCUCUAUGAACAUUUCCAACUUUGCUGAUCUGCUCAUUCAAAAAAAAAAAGUUUCCCUCCCAUGUUCAUUUAAAAAAUCCAAAAAACCCAAAACAACCAUGUCACUUGAUAGUAACACUUCUAUUAGAUGAUUCUGCAAAGCCCUGGAUUACAAUUUGUUUUUUAAAAAAUCUUGUUUUCUACAAUAUCUGCACAUAGUAACUGAGGUAUAAUUAAGAUUACAGAAAGAUUGUGGUUAUGGAAAAUGAAAUAUGUUUAAGGUAGGGUUAGUGUGAGGCAACUAAGACACUUUGAGGGAAAGAUUGUGGUUCUAUAUCCACAGUGGCACUGAAUGUAAAUCAUGAGGUAGUGUAUGGCCGUAGUUCCUAUGGAUUCUGGGCUGUAAAAAAAAAAAAAACGAAGCCAGGUGACAGUGCAUAUAUAAUACAAAAUAGUGCCAAUUUUAAACUGUAUUUUAUUCAGAGUUCAUGUGAGGCUGCUUGUAUUUAACAUUUUAAAACUUUUCUUUUUGUAGGAAGUUCAAAUAUAAAAAAAGAGAGCAUUGUUUUGGUAUCUGUCGUGAAAAUCUCCUGCAGUACCCAACUCUCUCAGUGCGUCUCAGCGCGAGCCGUCAGAAUCAUGUUCAGCUGCAGAACAAAUCAGAAGAAUAUCUUGCAGCCAUUAUCCUCAAUUGGGUCUUUUUAUAUACGUGCUUCCACAGAGAGCUCUUCUUCCAAACAUGUGGUUUUACAACCCAUGUGAAUUAUUUCUCUGAGCAAAGGUUGAAUUCAAAAGAUGACUGUUUUUGAUUGUUGUCUCUCUCUCUCUCUCUCUCUCUCCUUUUUUUUCGGGGGGGGGGGGCAAAAGGAGGAAAGAUAGGUCCUGUUUACUUCCUGGAUGGAAAGUGUCUGUUUCAUGAGGACAGAGCUGAGCAUUAAUCCGUUUCUGUUCUGAACGUAAACCCUCCUGUCUUAUAGAUGAACAUGUUAGCUGGCGCUGGGCUCGUGUUUCACAAAGCUAAUUCUCGUCUUGUCAGUGCAGCUGAGGAGCAGCGGGCCUCCUGAAUGGUAAGAUGAUAUCUGUUAAUGUAUGUACGGAUGCUUUCAGCUGCAUGUGUUUCUGCAGACUUACACUACACUUUACUUUCUGUCGCUGCACAUGGUGUCUGGAAUAAUAUAUGACAAUAAUGUAAAGUUUAACUCUGAAUAUAUAUAUAUAUAUAUAUAUAAAUAUGUGGGCCUGACCAAAGUCUGGUUUUGUAGUUUGAAUGUUCUGCAGUAAAUGCCUGAUGCAUAGUAAAAAGUAAUUUAAAUGGGGUAAAUAUUUAAAAAGGUGAUAUUUCGAUAUACACUCCAGGGUGAUAUUUUACUAAAAUAAACUUUCAAGAGCA